AUGAAGGAGCAGAGGAUGGUGGGGACAAGUCCUCCUCCUACCGAUCUUUACGCCCUCCUUCGAGACCACCACGAUGCCGACGAGACUCUAUCCCACUUCUGGAACCAGGUACAUACAAUCCCCGACUGGGUGGACUGGGACCAGAUAGCCCGAGGCCAACGGGUGUUCUAUCGCUAUGCAAUGGCCAACAUUGUGGGGUUUGCCCUGCAGGGAUUCAUGGCCGAGAAUUCAGCCGCCGCCGGGGUCAUUGAAGUUCUCGUUCGAACAGGAGGCUUCUCUACUCGGGUCCUUCUGGGUCGACUCCUAGCCACUUUCCAAUGGCUGAUCCAAGUCACGCAUGAUCUCGCCUCCAUCCAACCAGGAGGUGAAGGUCACAUCGCGACAAUCCGAGUCCGGCUUCUUCAUUCGUCAGUCCGGCAUCGAAUCCUAAAGCUCUGCGAAACCAACCUGGAUUACUUUGACGCUGAACGCCACGGUAUCCCCGCCAACUCUCUCGACUCAAUUCACUCCAUCAGCACCUUCUGCUGCAAUCCGUUCUUCCUACAACUGCCCCGAUUCGGCAUUCAACCCUCCCCAAACGAUGUGGAAGAUUACAUCGCCCUAUUUCGCUACAUCGGCCAUCUCCUCGGCACCCCGGUGUCGAACUUCCAAACAGUCGACCAAGCCAAGAAAACCAUGGAGAGUCUCCUAGUCCAUGAAGUCCAUCUGACCAAGACAUCCAAAACAGUAUCCCACAACUUCCUAGAAUGUGUCGGGAACCUUCCUACGCCAUUCUACGUCUCGAAAUCGUUCAUCCACGCCGGGAGUCGCUGGAUCAACGGCCAUGCGUUCUGCGAUGCCUUGGACCUCGGACGUCCUGGACUCGCUUAUUAUAUGGCAUUCGCGGGGUUCUGUGUCCUCGUUGCGGGGCUCGCGUGGCUGCAAUGGCUGGUUCCUGGUAUGGAUGACUUGAUGAUCAACUUCUUCCGCACCAUAAUGUACCGCGGCAUCGUUCAACGAAAGUCUCGCAGCAGGUAUCCCUUCAAGUUCGUCCCACGGGUCGGCAAGAUGACAGGCAAGGAAAAGUAUCAUGCGGGUAGUAGUAAGGAAGAUACUUGGAGUAGCCGGGGGUGGUUGCGCCGCAGCCUUGCGCCGGACAUGGGUCUUUUUGAACUUUUGUUUGUCGGCGUAUUGUUGGGGACUGUUGGGCUUUUGGGAGGUGGUGUGGCGUUGGGGUUUAUGCGCGUGAAAGGACUUGGGGUUUGUUUUUUAGUAGAGAGGGUGUUCGUCUAG